AUGCAUCGACAGUACAACAAAAAGGGCCUGCCAUUUCUUGUUCCGUCGGGCUUCUCACGGCCUUACGACGUCGUGCUGCCUCGGACCAUGCUCACAUGGCUUCGUGACCAACCCGAAAGUGUCGUGGACGCGCGAUUGGCCCAUAACGUCAGUGCUUACGGCGACUACAAUUUCCUAGACUCAGAGAUUAUUCGAUCACCCUUUGGCAUGCGGGCCGUUCAAAAAUCGAUGAACCGCAGUUUGCCAGGUCUUGUCUCUGCCAUGGAUAAAGAGGUCCAGCAUGCUGUUGAUUUGGCCCUCAAGGAUGUUGGUAAUGACUGGACGAGCAUCAACCUCUGGGGCAUGUGGCAGGCCAUUGUGCUCUUCGUGACCAACAGGAUGCUUGUCGGCUCUACCCUUUGUCGCGACGAACGGUUCCUCAACGCCAUGGUUUCGUUUACACAUGCCGUAAUGCGAAACUGCGUCCUGCUGCGCUUCGUGCCGCUCAUUCUGCACCCUAUUCUGGGCCGAAUGCUGGCAAUAUCCAACUGGGUCCAUUGGCGACGGGCAUACUGUAGAGUUGGACCUGUAAUAAAGACUCGGAUUGACUCCAUGAGCCGCAAAGCCAAAGGGGACCCGGAGCUGCAGAACUGGUCCCCCCCCGAAGAUUACAUCACUUGGCUGGUUCGCUUGGCCCUGGAGGAAAACCGCGACCAAGAGCUGGAUCCGAUAGUCAUCUCAAAACGCCUGCUGCCUAUAGAGUUCGCAGCCAUCGACACGACCGUCAUCACGGGUGUCUUGUGGAUCCAAGACCUGCUCAAGACACCGUCCGCAGUUGAAGAUCUGACCGCCGAACUGCGUGCUCACCAGCCGGCCCCUGGCGAAUCUUGGUCUGCCAAGGCGUUGCAAUCACUGCUUCAGGUCGACUCAUCCAUCCGUGAGUCGCAGCGUCUUAGCAACUUCCAUUUAACACUUGUGGAACGCGUCGUCGUGGCAUCGGACGGCUUGUGCCUACCCGGCCUUGGUUGGAAGAUACCAAAGGGCGCCCAUCUUACCGUGAAUGCGGACGGCAGCCAUCAUGACGGUGAUUUAUACCAUGACCCCUACACGUACGAUGCGCUGCGCUUCUCAACAAUGCGCAAGGAGCGUGGGGAGCAUCACAACGCCAGCAAUGACGCGGCAAAACCUCUGGGUAUGGUGACAAUGAACGACCACCACUUUCCAUUUGGCCAUGGCAAGCAUGCAUGUCCCGGUCGCUUCUUUGUCGCGCACGAGAUGAAGCUUAUAGCGGCGCAUUUGCUAUUGAACUUUGACCUGAAGAUGGAGGACAGUACUUCAAAUCGGCUAUGGGUUGGCCCUGGUAUGAUGCCGCCUUUUGGUGGCCGCAUCAAAGCGGAGAAUCCUGCUGCGGUGCCGACAGCAGAACCCGACGAGGAGCCACCAGGCGUCUACAAGAUACCGGGUCAGCAGACGCUGAAGAUUGACGAGAUUCUCGGCUUACGCUACAGCCCAGACAUUUGUCGUUGGGGUCAACACCCCCCCGGACGUACGGUGUUUGAGUCUGCGGACCAUUAG